AUGACUACCGAAUUCCGCAUGCCCAUGCAUCAGGGACCUCCAGCCCGCAAACCGAUGCCCAACCAACAGGCUGGCUACCCUUACCAGGCCUAUGAUGCCCCUCGCAACCUCGCGCCUCACUCCGCCUACCCACAAACCGCCCACAGUCGCACUCGCACUACUUCUUCCCACGUGCUCCCCGCCCACGCCUCAAAUUCCCAACAACAAUACCAAGGUGUUCCUGGCUCUGCAGUCUCGCCGCAUACAAUGGCCCCUCCCGUCGGGUUCCCUUCGUCUCGCCGCAUGUCCAGCACAACCACCUCGACCAACUCCACCGGCCAAAUGGCCCAAGGAGGACCGGAUAUCCGACGCAGCGCUUCGAACCGCUCGGGCGGCUCGCAACUUGGAUACGUCGCCCUCAUGCGACGACAGAAGGCGACGGUCUGGUGUGACCGAGCACAGCCCGAGGACGCCCGCAUGCGGGAACAGGCCCUGCGGGAUAAGAAGAGGGCGUACCUCGAGGUUCAUGGCGCCGGACGCUCAUCGACCAUCGCAAGUGGCAAGAUUCGACACGGAAUGAAGGCUGGAAUGGACUUUUCCCCGUCAAACCUGGUUGGUGCCAAGGUGCCGGUUCGCCUGAGUGCCAAUGAGAUUGGCGAGGAUGACGAUGAUGCCCGCAGCAACGAGGAACGAGGGAUGCACAGGAGGACUGGCAGUGGCCGCAGCUCUCUGGGAAGCAACCGAUACCCUAGUGGUUAUCAGCGCCAGCAGGGCACCAUGGGAAGCAACAGCACACCUCCGAAUGAAAAGUCUGAUCUCCCUGGUGUUUCUGAGAACACACCCGCCGAGAAACACGAAGAGGAGAAGAGCCGCCUGUCAUCACUCAAGGAUGAUGCCGCUACAACACACACGACGAAUAGUAGCGAGCAAGAAGACUUCGUACCAGACAUGGAAGCCCCCAGUGCAGUCAUAACUGCUGCCCAGAAAGCCAAAAAGGCAGAUGACCUACGGCGACGAGGCAGUGUAGAUGAUCGCACUACAUCAAUGACCAAUGUGCGAUUAUUCGUCGCAAACCCAGACCUUAGCGAUUAA